GAUCACUGUCAAGUGGGGUUCGCGUUGGGGAUCCAGCCGGAGAGGCAGAGCUCGGAUCCAGUGGUCUGUGUCGAAUCCUUGACUGUUCGUGACAAUCGGACUGGAAAGACCUACACUAUUCCGUGUGUAUUGAGCUUGACACUACUUAAUACAACAUAUUUAGAAUUAAAGAAUGCUAAUGCAAUUUUCGGUUCGGCUUAGGAUUGAGGAUAAUGCGAUUCCUGCGACCGCUUUCAAGGAUAUCAAAGCUCCCCGGAAACCAAGAGAACGGGCCGAGAAUGAAACUGAGAAGGGACUUCGCGUGCAAGACAAAGGCUUCUUGAAUACUGCUGUUCUUCGGAGUCAAAUCACGUUCAUUGACGGAGAUGCUGGAGUUUUGCGUUAUCGAGGGUACCCAAUCGAGCAACUCGCUGAGAAGUCAUCGCAUCUCGAGAGCGCGUACUUGCUUAUUUACGGCUCUUUACCCACGAAAGACCAGCACAAGCAUUUCGAAUCGGAAGUGCUUCGACAUGGUAUCAUGCACUCUGACGCUGAGGGCUUCUUCCGUUCUUUCCGCUACGACGCACAUCCCAUGAGUAUGUUGACUAGUGCAUUUGCGAUGCUGGGUUCGUACUACGGUGAAGCGAAUCCUUCGUUACAGGGUCAGCGGUUGUAUACGCAAGGCAAUAAGGAGUCACUCGCCACUAUGGAUAGGCAAAUAUACCGCAUUAUUGGUAAAGCAACAACGCUAGCAGCGAUGGCAUAUCGUGUUCGGCAAGGCCGAGACUUCGUGACCCCUCCUGUCGGACUCAGCUACACUGGCUCUUUUCUAUACCAGAUGGACCACCUGAGCGAGCAGAACUAUGUACCAAACCCUGUGCUGGAGAAGGCUCUGGAUGUUCUGUUCCUCAUUCAUGCUGAUCAUGAGCUGAAUGCUUCAUGUACGACAGUCCUGCAAACCGGAAGCUCACUUGUGGACCCGUAUUCGGCUAUAGCUGCUGGUUGUGCGUCAUUAUACGGACCGCUUCAUGGUGGUGCCAACGAAGCUGUCAUCCGAAUGCUCUUAUCCAUUGGAAAACCAGAGAAUGUCCCUGCGUUCAUUGAAGCAGUUAAGCGGAGAGAAAAGACCCUUUCUGGCUUCGGACAUCGGGUAUAUAAGACUUCUGAUCCAAGAUCGUUCAUUGUCCGUAAAACUGCCGAUGAGGUCUUUAAAGUGACUGGCAAGGAUGAAUUGCUAGAGACCGCUAUGGCCUUGCAUGAUGCCGCUAUGAAGGAUGAAUACUUCAUCAAGCGUAAGCUCGCCCCCAACGUGGAUUUCUGUGGUCUCAUUUACCGUGCAAUGGGCUUUCCGUUGGACUUCUUCCCUGUACUCUUCGUUGUUCCCCGAGUCGUUGGUUGGCUCGCACAUUGGAGACAAAUGAUGUUGCAGGAAGGAGGCGUCAAGAUCUGGCGACCCCGUCAGGUCUAUGUGGGGGAAACAAAACGAGACUACGUCCCGGCCGAGGACCGCGUUGCGGUCGAGGGCUUGAAACAGACCCCGUCCAUCGUCGAACACGGAGGCAUCACCAAGAGAACGAUGUUGGCGAGUUUCGACGGUAAAGCUAAACUAUGACCGUUGUCUCUCCUGGGGUUUCUUUAUACCUUUCGAUAUCGUUGUACGGCUCCGUGCCCCUUCUUUUGUGCAUUUCCUGGAGUCAAUGCCAUUGUUUCAUGUUGCCACAUACCUUCGACGCCAAAGGGAGAAUGGAAUAUCAGGCGUCCUG